AUGUCGAACGUCCUCGUUACAGGGAGCUCCCGCGGUCUUGGACUGGAGUUGGUGAAACAAUUGGCCGCUCACCCUGAUUUGAAUGGAGGUUUGGUAUUGGCUACAGCUCGGAGAUGCAGUUCUGAGCUGCAGACGGUCAUCUCCACGGCCAAGGGCUCUAUUGUCUUUGUCACUCUGGAUGUGACUGAUCAGGGGGUAAUCAUGCAGUCGGCAGAGAAAGUCAAAUCAGCUCUGGCAGGGCGAAGUCUGGAUAUUCUGAUUAACUGUGCUGGUGUCCAUAAUGAGACCCAUGGAAAAAUUGCUCUUAUGCUAUGCUCCCUGCCCGGCCUACAAGAUCAGCAAAGCAGCUUUGAAUACUUUGACGGUACAAUAUGCUCUUGGCUGCAAAGUGAUAUGGGCGGACAGGAUGCCGACCUCACGGUUCCUCAGGGAGCAGAGGCAGUGUUGAAUAUCGUCAUGGCUGCCAGUGGUCGGGAUAAUGGUAGUUUCAAAAACGUUCAUGUUCCAGGAUGGGAGGUCUAUGAUGGCAAGCGCCAUGCGCGAACUGCGCGGAUGCCGGUGUGGAAUGCCGACGCCUGCGCCAUGGACGGUCAUCUAGGAAGAGAACUCGUCAGAGGUCUGCUGGGAUUCACGCCUCCUGGGCGUGCGACCAGAGGUGACAGCCUUGAUGGAAGGGCCACUCCCAGCAAGAGACAGCGAGGAGAUCAUGACCAACAACACCCUGUAGAGAGAUCCCCUAUUCCGGCUGCUUUGUCGACUACAAGUGAUGGCGGCUCGAACUAUCAUGCACUCCAGGCAAAAGGAGUUAUUCAAAUAGAUCUCCACAAUCCCAGCUGUAUCGGUCGUGAGCGACAGGCCUUACUCAAGUCUGCGCUUCAUCUAGUGAGCAGCAUCGCCGAAACUGGGCCUCACCACAGCGAGAUAGCCAUGGAGGAAGAGUCUCAUCCACAAAAUUAUGCUUUGACCGUACCAGAAACGCCGUCUCGCGAGCUCCUAUUUAUGCUUCUUCCUGGCCCACCGGAGUCUGUUCGUAUUCAGUGGCCAGAUCAUAUAUCCGACAAGACCUACGCGAGAAUGGCCUCAGCUUUGCUACGAGAUCGUUCCGAAAUUGAAGUCUGCAAGUUUCAUCAAUACUGCGUCUGCGUCUACGUAAAGGCGGUUUUUCAUUUGUAUCAAGCGUCAGGAACAACCGACGACCCCUUUCUCAAAGGCGAGUUCUCGCUGUCCCGAUCCACGUAUAUCGCAGCGGCGAUGCGCAGCAUCGAGCAUUUCAACAUUCUUAAGCCACCAGAUCUCUCAGCCAUACAGUCUCUUAUUUCAAGUGCCUUGCUCAUGCAACACUUGGGAAGACCUAAUCAAUGCUGGCUCUUCAUCUCGUAUGCUGCUCGACAGAUCACUGCUCUCAACUAUCACAGGAUUCGCAGACUGCCGACGAAUUCAGACCAAGAGCAAGAGAUUCACAAUGUCCUUUAUUGGUGCUAUUAUCUAGAUCGAACUCUAAGCUCCCUUCUCUGUCGGCCUCCGUCGCUGCCCGACCUCGACGUUUCCCCUACCGAGCUUAUUGUGUUACACCCAUCAUCACCAUACGAUAGUCUGCUGCGUCUCCUACUCGAUCUCGCUCAGGUCCAGGGCAAGUUACAUGCGGUAUCCUGUGGUGGUGCAAGUGUAACGAAAGAACGGGCUCUGGAUACAUGCCAGCUUCUUGAAUGCAAAAUGCAGGCCAUUCUCCCAACCCUGCAGUCGGUAUCAGAUCUUAUGCAGAGUCGCGACGGCCAUCCCAAACUAAUGCAAUACCACUGGGUCGCCGUUGACUUUUGCUACUACGCGAUAUUCGUCGAGAUCCACCGAACUCGCUUGCAAAGUGCGUUCAACCCAGCUGUGCAUCAGCAAUGUCUGUUGUAUGCUCGCAAGUCGCUCAAAGCAUUCCAUUUCCUACAGCAGCAUUCGGUGGAGAUGCCUGGCUUUGACGAUCCCUAUCCGUCCUUUCUCACAUGCGCUUUUUUCGUGAUUUUCUGUAACAUAAUCGGGACGGUGGAUCAUGAGGAUUACGAACUGAUGCGGCAGAUUACCCAGAGACUGACACCGUUUAAAGAAGAUCCCCAUCUAGGUAAACUUUUGAAUCUGCUGCAAUCACUGGAGCGACUUUGCGAACCCUUGUUUCAGGAACCAAGCGGUCCAUCCGAAUUUGCCUCAACCCAGAGAGAAGCGCCAGGUGCGUUUGUCCCAAUGAGUGAUCACUCUGCCGAUCCGGUUACCAUUGGAGCUUUUCCUCCGGGGCUAUCAUUCAGCGAUAAUCUGGAGCUGAUGCCAAACACCGAGACCGACCUCUCGGCCGACCUGUUGAUGUGGCAGCUCUUCAACAGCCAGGUUCCAGCUGGUUGGCUGAACAAGGACAUUGACUCUUUCGGUGUUUAA